AUGUCUACUCUCACUGCUCUCUCUCGCUUUAACUCCCUGGCUUCGCAAGGGACUGACAACACGACGCAAGCCGUUACCAAAGCUACUCACGAAAGUUUUCAGCUCAUAGAGCCUUGGACAUAUGCAAGGUCAGGCCAUCCCGAGGUCCAAGAAAUCCUCGGUAAAGUUAGAAACGAAGUAAAGCGCUACUAUAACGCUGUCAAUGGGUCACUACAGACGGCUCAAUCUGGCUACUCAUUCGCCAAAGAUGCCGAAGCUCUCUGCGACUUUCUCAUGGAGCCCAAAGGAACGUACUCAGCCCAUGAAAUUCGAGAAUUCAUUGAUGAUAUGCGAGUCAUUGCUCGAAAGGCUCAUGCUGAUGCAAACGCGACAGCCGCCAUGUUUCGAAAGAAUAGGCAAAACUUUUAUAUGAUCACAAAAAACAUACCCACUACUUUAACCAGGAUUGAUCAAGAAAUGGAGUACCAGAACAGGCUUAUAAGCAAACGCAGGGACCGCAUUGAGCUUUACAAGACACUAGAGCUCUCAUUCGGGGCCAUGAGCGCCACCAUGGCGACAGGAAUCGCUAUAGCUGGAGCAGCUUUCCCUCCUGCACUUCUCGUUCUUCCCAUCCUUCUGCCACUAGCAACGCUCGCUGCCGGUCUCGUAGGCCGUCAUUACGAAUUGAGGCGUGAAGGUAUGCCCCAUCUUAUCCAAAGAUUGUGUGUCAAUAAUGGGAUAUCAGAUUCAGAGACCCAGGUACAAACCUGCGUCGAUGCGAUGGAUCAACUUGGAAGAAUGACCUCUGAUCUCGAAAAACUCGGGAGUCACAUCGAUAAAAUGGCUGAUUGGUGGCUUGGAGUCGAUGGCAUUCUUGAAGACAUUCGUUCGUGUCGAGGCUAUCCAGGGGGACUAUUUCGCAAGGCUCAGGGUGAAACCCAUCCGGGAUCAAUGGUGUGA